CCCACUUCCUGAAGAAGAUCUGUACACACAUUCAGCCCGCCUGGUAGUGCUACAUUUUGUUCCUCAUGCGAGCCUGACUGCCAUGCCUGGGCAUUGACACUUUCAGGUACAGCCAUUUAAAAUGGCAGAGAGAGGUGGAAAUGAAGAAGUAAUUAACUUGAACAGCUUCCAUAGUCACAGAGGGAAAGACUGGAUAAACCGCAGGGACGAAGGUCUUAUCACGAUAUCAGAUUCCUCGGAUGAAGAAUUACCUUUGUUGCUGGAAACGCCAGCAGAGCAGCAGCGUGAGGAAGAUGACGAUGAUGUAGUCAUCUUGGCAGAGACCCCAAAGCAUCAGCAGCUUCUGCGUCCCAAUGUCAUCAGACCUGCUGCUCAAUGGCAGGGUGCAAACACUGUGGGAGAAGGAGGAUCCAGAAGUGCUGUCGAGCCCUUGAGGAGCAUAUAUCUGCAAGAUGAGAUCUCAGCUCUGCUGUGCCAGGGAGACCGGUAUAAUCACAUGGUAGAGAGCAGUGCUGGAGCAAGCAGGGAUGAGAAUAUGAACUUUGCCUUGCAGCAGCCUGGACCAUCUGAGCUUAACGGCCCCAGGUUUGAACUUACAAGUAACCAGGAGCCUGGCCCAAGUUUGCUUCCAGCAGUAAAGACGAGUCCACAGCCUGUUGUUAACAGAGAGAUCAUUAGUCUGGAGAAUGCAGACCUUCUACCACAACAGGAAGAAAAGGUGGAAGCCCAGGGAUGGCAAGGAGAGGACUUGGAGCCAGAGCAAAACCUUUGCGGAACAGCUGCUGCAACUACCACAGGCCAGGAGAUCCACGAAAACAGCCAGCUGGAUCACCCAUACUUCCAGCCGUUGGAAGGUGAGCCACAUGCUGUAGUAAAUGGUUGUGCUCCUCAGCAAGGGCAGCCUGAAGCAGACCCAGGAUCUUUGAGGGCAUACGGAGAGGAGGCUCCUGGGCCAGCCUUCCCCCGACCUGAACCACAGCAGGAUGGGAUUCCAGGUCCCGCUUCGCCCCAGCCAGCGCAUCCACCAGAAGAAACGGGUCAGCAGGCAGCAAUAGACAAUGAACAGCCAGGUCCAGCAUUCCCCGCACAGGGCUCUCACGAACUUGGCUCUAGUAAUGUGCCGGAACAAGGAGCUGCUGGGCAGGACCAAGACCUUACUGCACUGCUCAUCAGAGAGACAGAAGCAAGAUUCCCAGAUGUGAAGAAGGAAUAUAUUGAAGAGCUAAUCAGCAUCAAGAACUGCUAUGACUUAAAUGUACUUUGUAACUUUCUUCUGGAAAAUCCAGAUUACCCAAAGAAGGAAGGCAGAGUGGUUUUAAAUCCCAGCAGCAGCCUGCUUGCCAGCCAAGAUGAGACAAAGGUGCCUAAAGUGGACUACUUCGACUUUUCCAAGCUUGCCCCACUUGAUCAGCGGUGCUUUAUUCAGGCAGCUGACCUCCUUAUGGCAGACUUCAAAAUGCUGAGCAGCCAAGACAUUAAGUGGGCACUACACGAACUCAAGGGACACUAUGCAAUCACGCGAAAGGCCUUUUCAGAUGCUAUCAAAAAAUGGCAGGAGCUGUCUCCCGAAACCAGUGGGAAACGAAAAAGGAGGAAAGAAAUGAAUCAGUAUUCAUAUAUAGACUUCAAAUUUGAGCAAGGGGAUGUGAAAAUUGAGAAGCGCAUGUUCUUCCUGGAGAAUAAGAGACGGCACUGGAGGUCCUACGACAAGCUCUCACUUCUCCCACCGGUGCUACUGGAGCAGGAAUUCUAUGAGCAGAAAGUUAAAGAGAUGGCGGAGCAUGCAGACUUUCUCCUUGCUCUGCAGAUGAAUGAGGAGCAGUAUCAGAAGGAUGGUCAGAUGAUAGAGUGCCGCUGUUGUUACGGGGAGUUUGCAUUUGAAGAGCUAACUCAGUGUGCAGAUGGUCACUUGUUCUGCAAGGAGUGCCUAAUUAAAUAUGCUCAGGAGGCAGUCUUUGGCUCUGGGAAGUCAGAGCUCAGCUGCAUGGAAGGCAGUUGCACGUGUUCGUUCCCCACCAGCGAGCUGGAGAAAGUGCUUCCAGAGAACAUCCUCUGUAAAUACUAUGAGCGGAAAGCUGAGGAGGAGGUGGCUGCUGCCUGUGCAGAUGAACUUGUCAGGUGUCCGUUCUGUAACUUCCCAGCUCUACUGGACAAUGAUGUGAAGCGGUUCAGCUGCCCUAAUCCCCGCUGCAGAAAGGAAACGUGUCGGAAGUGCCAGGGGCUGUGGAAGGAGCACAUGAACCUCACCUGCGAGCAGCUGGCUGAGAAGGAUGACAUCAAAUACAGGACGUCCAUAGAAGAGAAAAUGACAGCUGCCCGAAUUAGAAAAUGCCACAAGUGUGGGACUGGCCUAAUUAAAUCGGAGGGUUGCAACCGCAUGUCCUGCCGUUGCGGUGCUCAGAUGUGCUACCUCUGCCGCGCUGCCAUUAACGGGUAUGACCACUUCUGCCAACACCCCCGGUCGCCCGGGGCUCCCUGCCAGGACUGUGCAAAGUGCUCUCUCUGGACAGAUCCCACAGAGGAUGAUGAGAAGAUAAUCCAGGAGAUUCAGAAAGAGGCUGAAGAGGAGCAAAGGAAGAAAAAUGGAGAGAACAGCUUCAAGCGGAUCGGCCCUCCUGCAGAAAAACCCAUGGAGAAAAUCCAGAGAAUUGAAGUCAUCCCCAGACCUGUUCCUCAGAACCUCCAUCAGCCCCGGAUGCCCCCUUCCCUUGUGCACCCUCCCUUCCCGCUCCCUCCUGUCCGUCCCAUGUACAAUAACAUCCCCCUCAACAUCGGCCCUAUCCCUGCCCCCUACGUCCCCCCGUUACCUAACAUGAGGGUGAACUAUGAUUUUCCCCAGAUCAACGUUCAGCUGGAGCACAACUUGCCUAUGCACUUUGGCCCUCAGCCUCGACACCGGUUCUGACCUGGUUCCAACAGCACUUGGCGUAGAGUCACUGCAGGGCAAAGCCACCCCGGUAACGUCACCCCCCUUCCUGCUCCAGCCCCUCUCGGUUUAGCCAGCUGCAAGGGGACCUGCUCUGACUGACGCGUACCUGCACUGCACCCCUUCGCUCUAGAGCUUCUCUGAACCUUUGCAGUCAAACAUUUCAACCUGUGCUGCAACAGGGCUUGGUGCUGCAUUUCCCGUAUGGUUGGGCAUCCAGAUAUUUUGAUUUGACAAAGCCUGUUCAGGCAGCUGUUGGGAGGGAAAGUGAGACUUUGUGGAGCGCAGGGAUGCAGCCGUUCCUCGGGGACUUUCCAAAAAUCCUACCUUCCUGCUGGCCAGAGCAGCUGCCACACAGUCAAGUGAGUCUUGGGGGAAGGGAGGAGAGACUUGGCAUCUGAGUAAGACCUUCGAGUUAACAGGAGUCGGCUGCCCUAGCCUCCUGCCUGCGGAGAGGCACGAGGCUGGGGUUCCCACGUUCUCCAGCAUCCCUGUAACCUGCUAGCACCUCCCAGCAGAAAUAAAUUGUUCAAAACCAAGUCAAACUAGUGUUUUUAGCAUUUCUCCCUCUGCAAGUGGAGUGAGGGGGUGCAGCAGCCAUCUCGUUGCUGAGAUCUUGGUAGGAAGCCCAGAGCUAUGUUCUGUCUCAGGGCUUUAGCAAGUAGCAGAAGACUCGGGCACCCUAAUCUUUGGCUGAACUGAAC